UUGAUCGUCGUCGUGUGCACAUCGGUUAGUUAAAAAAAAGGAUGCGUUCAGGCUGAAGUAAAUUUGUUUUAUACAUAAGUGGAUAUUACUGUCAAGUAGAAAGACAAUGUGGGUCGUUCGCUAUCUACUGUCUGCCGCAGUUCAAAGAGGGCACCCUGGUUUAUUGCGACGCCCCUUGGGCUCCCUUCCUGAGCGAUAUCAUAGAUACCUCCACUGCACGUGUUGCUGGAGUAGCCGCAUUUCAAUAGCAGACAUAGACUCGACAGUGUGUAAGGAUGAACCUAAGUCUCUGGAUGACUGCUACACCCCGGAGCAGAGGACUGCCAUUCUGCAGAUUCUCAACUCGGCGUCAGAGGACGAGCUGGCUGGGGUAAAACUCCUGAGAGGUCAAAAAGCAAUUAAUAUAGUGGAGUAUAGGAACAGGAAUGGGCCAUUCAGGGACCUUGAAAGCAUUGUAAAUGUACCGCUACUGAAGCACAAGACUGCUACGGUUGUGUUCAACUCUAUCAUCUGUCCCCAAGAGAAAAAAGAUAAAAGGAAACCAAGAGUUCAGAUUGUCAAGUUCAUCAGGCCUGAAGUUGACCGAAGUGCUUUAAAGGAGGCCAACUCUAUUGUGUCCAUCAUAUGUGGCACCAAUAAGAUUGCCUGGGCACAUGUGGACCGUGCUCUAACUGUGCUGAACUGGCAGCAGGAGGACUGUCCUAAUUUUAUGCGAGGAGCAUACAUGGCCUCAGCAUACUUGGAAGACGUGACCACAGUGGUCUCGCGAAUGCCAGCGGCAGAUUUGUUUGUGGUGGAGAAGCCGGGAAUCUCACUGCAGAACACCUCCCUGUAUUCCGUGAUGGCCCACCUGCGCACGGUAGAGGCCAUGCUGUUUGCCCUGCUGGGGGCACCAGGAGAACCCGGUGCUACGCCCAAGGUCGUCAACAUGAUGCGUGUGGCAGUGGGGCGGCACUUUGGGCUGAUGGUGGGCGAGGCACGAACAAGUGGGGCGCGGACUGUCCGUGACAUGAUGACAGACUCGGCCACUCGGAAGGCCCCCCGCGUCACAUUCCCCCACGAGCUGCUGGUGCGGUACAGGAACGCCUUCCAGGUGGGAACGCGCAACCGCGGUGAGGAACUAUGUGAUGCCCUGCUGCAGGCUGUGGCCUUCUAUGAGCUACUCAGUGAGUAGGGUGGGAACAAGAACUCAUCUCAAGUGCCACUCGGACUCUCUUCCUGCUGUUCCAGUGCUCAUGACUUUGCACACAUCCUGACUUACAUUGGCAGAGAAUCCCACACUUUGAUCCAGUAAUAGACAAGUCACUGCAGUGGAAGACUCAGCAUAUCAGCAAGCACUUGCUCUGACCCUAUGGAGGGGACUAAUUUAAUAUGACAUCUUUGAAUUACUUUUCAGUCCCAUCAGAGCACUUCAGUCUACGUCUAACUGCUCUCGUUUACUUUGGAGUUUAUUAAAAAUUCUGUUUUAGCAGUCACCAUGCUAUUAACAUCCCUUAGGAAAUUCUACUGGUAGUGUGUAGUGCAAAUAAUGACAAUUCUUUGCAUGGACUUCCUAGAUUCUCUGCAGACUUCUGUUGCUGAAGUUUUGUGCUUUACCGUGUUUUACCCAAUAUCAAGUCUGGACUUGCCAAUAAAGGCCAUACCUCAUU